UCUUCCAUUAGUCAGUGUUCCCGCGCCGUGGCUUCAUGCUUUGUGAUCUCGCUGCUGCUGCUUAAUCUCACAACUCAUCUUCACCACAAAAAUGAGCGCUGGAGGAGGAACUCCUUACAUCGGCAGUAAAAUAAGUUUGAUCUCCAAGGCUCAGAUCCGGUAUGAGGGCAUUUUGUCCUCCGUGGACACGGACAGGUCCACGGUUGCUCUAGCUAAAGUUAAAUCCCAUGGAACCGAGCACAGGCCCACUGACAGACCAGUGCCGCCCAAAGAUGAGAUCUAUGAGUACAUCAUAUUCAGAGGCAGUGAUAUCCGAGACAUCACUGUGUCUGAACCACCAAAGCCACACCAUGGACUUCCUCGUGACCCUGCUAUUGUUCAGUCAUCCCUUGGCGGCUCCUCUGCUGGGUAUCAUCCACGCUGGAGUCCAUACAGAGAAAUGAUGCCUAACUACAACCAGCUGGCUGCAAGUUCUCUCCUCAACCAGCAGUACAAUGCAGCACUAGGCCUAGGACUGCAUGCUCCGGUCAGAAGAGCCCCCACGGUGGAGCAGGCGGUACAGACUGUGCCUCUGGCCAGUGCUGCACAGAGAAAAGGAAAGACGGCAACCCCGCCACAGACCAAGCCGGUCACCCGUCCACCUCCGCGCUCCGGUCGCACUGGCGUGCAGGUUCCGAAGAAAAGCACGCCCACCAGUCAGACACAGUCGCAGCCAACUCCACCGAAGGCCCCAGGCACUGAGAACCAGAAACGUAAUCGCAGGCCAAGGAACAGGAGUCGAGGUCAACUUCUUGUGAAAAACCCCAAGGCCACAACUCUAGAGUUCGAUUCCGAUUUUGACUUUGAGACGGCGAAUGCUCAGUUUAAAGACGAUCUCACCAAGGAGGUUGUUGUUGAGAAAACGGAGUCUGAAGCCCGGGACGGUCAGGCCACGCAGGAGGAGGAAACCAUCGGAGAGAAGUUCUACGACAAAGCCAAAUGCUUCUUUGACAAUAUCUCAUCAGAUCUGAAGCCCAGGCGGACCACCUGGGCCGAGGAGAAGAAGCUGAACAUCGAAACGUUUGGAGUGCCGGGCCGCUUUCUGAGAGGCCGAGGAUUCAGGGGUCGUGGGCGAAAAGGCCAGAGCACCCCGGAGCAGCGAGCUCCUCUGAAUAUCAGCAGUGCAAGAGUGUGAAGGUUUUUGGUUGAAAUGUGUUGUAAAUAGUGCAGAUUUCUAUUUAUUUGAAGUACCUCCCCCAUUCCUCGCUUUUGGAGGAUUUUUUUUUUUCUUUAUCCGAAAUGUACUUUGAAUCCUUAAAUGAGAUGGGAGGGUAAUUUCUUUUUAAUCCAGCAGCUGUGAGCUGAUUUGUAAGAAUUCAGCAUUAGAGCAAAGGCAUGCAAUGUGAAUUAGUCUUGUAAGUUGCCCAGCUG